UGACGUCAUGAGGCAGUGCCCGACGAGCAGGUUAGAGGUCCACGUGCUUUCUGUUGCCGCCCUCCGUCUCCGACUCCGUCGACUUCGCAAACAGAACAUCUGGCGAAAGUCGAGCAACGAACGCAUUCCUGAUGAAUGGGAGCAGUUUGUGAGGUGUUGUGACCCCAGCGAAUGGGAGCUGCAGGAUCCAGACUGACCAAGAGUGCCAUGCAUCUUCUGGAAGUUCAGCACGUGACAGCCGAAGAGCCACACCUCACCCGCGUGCACGACAAGGACGACGAAGCCAUGCUGCACUCAUCACGUAACGACGAGUCAUCCGAUAAUUCUCAAAGUACCGUACGGUCGAGCGAUGGGGAGCCACCAAGCAUCGAAGUAACCACUGCGCGUUCGGUUACCCUCCGGUGGACGUGUCCCGAUUUGGGUUUCAUUCAAGUCCUUUCCUUCAUUAUCGAAAAGAAAGACCAAACGGACGCAGAUUGGGUUCCCGUCGCUGUCGUAGACACUCAAGUCACCUCGUACGUCAUCGAGAACCUCGACUUAAGGAUAAACCACUGGUUUAGAGUAUUGGCCAGGAGUACCGUCGGACUGCGUUCAGUUCUCCAAUCAGCCGGGCCGGUCAGAGUCAUCCCUCAAGACAACCAUGUGAACAGGCCAGGACCACCGACCACGCCGCUCCUGGUCGUAGUGACGGGACCUUUCUCCAUGGAUGUCAAAUGGGGUGUCCCGGACAGCGACGGAGGAUGUCCCGUACUCGGAUACAUCGUUGCCCUCAAGGAGUCUUCCAGGACACUGUGGAUGGAGGUUUGCCACGUGUUCGCACCUGCAGUCAAAACUCACAUCCGAGACCUGCAAGAAGGGCACGAGUACCUGGUUCGAAUCUAUGCCUGGAAUGACGUGGGCGUCAGCGAUCCAUUGGAAACGCCGGAACCUACGAAAAUCGUUCGGCCUACUGGAGUGGUGAUACCGCCCUCUGCGCCGGUGGGACCGCUUAUCGUUGAAGCAGUCACAGAUAACUCCGUCUGCCUUACUUGGAAAGAGCCCGAGCUUGACGGAGGAGGGACUAUCAGAAACUACCUUAUUGAGUACAGAGAUGUAUCUGCUUCUGAGAUCGUCAAGUCGUCUGUGAGAACCCCAGACUGCAGUACUCGGUUUACUGUCCCUGAUCUCAAGGGCCGGCACUUCUACGUGUUCCGUGUGUGUGCCGAGAACGAAGCCGGCACAGGCGACGCUCUUGUCCUCAAGAAGCCCAUUAGGGUUCAACUCACUCCUGUGAAACCACCGGCUCCUGGUACUCCGACGGUGACCGUACAUCCCAGCAUGCCUGAUGCGUGCAUCGUGACGUGGACAGCACCUUGUCCUGACGUCAUCUGUUACGUCGUCGAACGAUGCGACCUCAUCGCUGAUAUCUGGAUCAUGGUCGGCCAAGAGAAGGACACGACCUUCAUCUGCGAGAACCUCGUUCCAGGUCUCGAGUACUCUUUCCGGGUCAGCGCCGAGAAUGAUGCCGGUAUGGGAAUGGCUUCGCCACCUUCACUGCCCAUCGUCAUCACUAGGAAAGUCGCCUCAAUGACUGCUCCCCACUUUACUCGAGAAUUGAGCGACUGCACCGUCCUCGUGGACAACGAUGCAAAGUUCGACUGCGAAUUCACUGGAAUUCCAACGCCGGAGAUCACCUGGUACAAAGGAGGCCAGGAAAUUUUCGAAACGCGUCGAGCCGAAAUCGACAUCUCGAACUCAAGUAGUACUCUAGUGCUCCGAAAAAUUCGCCUGGAAGACCGUGGCAAGGUGGAGUGUCAAGCCUUGAACAACGCUGGACUGAGCAUCUCUCAUGCUCGCCUUGAGGUUCACGCCCCACCGAAGAUCAUAGCAUCGUCGUCCUACCGCGACGGCCUUAUGUUCGACUGUGGAGAAACGGUCCGGAUAAAGCUCUCAUACACCGGCUUCCCACCGCCAGCGUUCGUCUGGAGCCGCGACGGGAAGCCGGUCACGUUUGACGCUUCCACGACACAAAUAUUGGACAGGGACGACCAGACAGUGCACCUGAAGAUCGUCGACGUCGACAAGCGCCAAGGAGGGACGUACUCAAUAGAGGCCACUAACCAGCACGGACGCGAUGACUUCUCCGUCAAGGUCACGGUUACCGGAGAGCCAGAGCCACCACUAGGAAAGCCCACUGUCACAGCUGCGGACUGGAACUCGUGCAAUUUGUCGUGGGAUCCUCCAGCGGUUGACGGUGGAAGUCCUAUCAGCAGCUACAUAGUUGAACGGAAAGAGGUGAAUACAGACUUAUGGUUGAAAGCGACCAGCACCCACCACGAAGAAUGCACCGUCUAUGGCCUCAUGGAAGGCGUAAAGUACGUGUUCCGUGUAAAGGCAGUGAACGCGUACGGAACCAGCAAGCCAAGUGAAGUGUCAGAUGCGGUCAGGAUUCCAAAAUUAUCUUCUCGAGCAUCGGCAGCAACAGAAGACAUUUCCAAAGUGCAAUCGUCCGAGGCAACGGAAGCAAUUGCUAGCGAGUUCAACGAAGAAACACUGGUCGGAUCCGAAGGCGACAUCUCGUCGACCGUCAGUGAAUACGGCAGUGACGAUCAGAGGUCGUCUCUGGACGUCGAUGAAUUUAUCGCCGAAGAUAUCGAACUCACCAACGUCGAAUCUCAAGUCAGCAUUCCUGGAUUAUGCAGCGAAUGGAGCGAUUAUGACACGUUUAUCACAAGCUCGGGAGUUAAGUAUGGCUCCGUGGAUGCGUCUGAGCUGGACUACGAUAAAGUAGGCAAGAAUGAAGUUGAGGACCAAGAAAGGAUGGAGGGAGAGCAACUGGAAACUGGGCCUGUUCCUCCAGUCGUUCCGCACGUCGGCAAGGACAUUGGGAUCGAGCAAUUCGCGAUGCCAACCUGCCAGCAUUCCUACGAUAUGGUUACUGAUGCAGUUGAACACGUUGUAGAUCUCUCCGUGGAACCAUGGCCAUUGGAAGAUGCAAGCGUGUCCGUUACGACACAAGACACUGCAAUAAGUGCCUUGGCAGUGGUGCCAUGUGAGGCCGUCCAAGAGUUGGCAGUGUGUAUAUACCCAGAACACACUGCUGAUCUUCAGGUUGUGUUGAACCCAUCACUUCCUAUCACGUCAGCGCCACCAAUGCCUCUCGAGGAAGCUGUUCCAGUGCGAGGCACUACUGUGCCAACGAAGCAACCCGUACAGUGUAGCGCUGAAACCGUUCCCCAGAUGGACCUCCCUCGAGUCACUUCUACCGUUGUCUCUGUCGAACAGGCAAUCCAGCCGACGGUGGACGUUUCACCCGAGAAGGACGGCGUUGAAGUCUUCCGGGUGAAAAGAACCUCGCCUCCAAAGGUCAACGGUGUUAAACCGGCAGCGCAACGCGGCGGUCACGCGCGGGUUAAGCCUGUCACGGAACAGCCCGCGCAGUCAUCGAGCGGAAUCGAGAGCAUGAGCGAAGUCUCAACCGCCGAAGAAGAAAUUCGCAAGAUUCCCGAAUCCGAACACCUAACGCGAGAAGCUCAGUUGAAAGGGGACCGACCACGAACGCCUGUAACAGCAACGACACGAAAACUGAUCCGGUUCUCCAAGAGAGUGGAACGCGAUUAUUCGGCUAAGCUAAGAAAGAUCGACAGGCUGGAGCAAAGUAUCCACAGAGAAAUGUCGAGCAUAGAACAUGAUCUUGCUCUGUUACGUGCUAUACAAAGACAGCUGCUUCGGGAAAUCGACCAAUUGGACGCGCAAGUGGAAGCCGAAGACGAGCCCUCAGAAGGAAGGGGGCGCCACACAAGGAGCGAAGGACGGUCUGGCAGACGGCGCACGACGGAGGGACCUCGUAGAAUCGUCUACCCUUCGAUGCGCUUUUACGAAAGCGAUUCGGACGAAGAUGAGCCAGAGAUGACGGUACCUCGCCCGAGGGCGGCACCGAAGGGUGAAGCUCCUCGAUUCGUGAGCAAGCUGGAGAACAGGAUUAUCCCUUGUGGAUACAGGGUCAAGUUGCACUGCACGGUAAUGGGCGACCCAGAACCGGAAGUUACGUGGAUGAAGAACGGCAGGAAGUUGGCAGCUACGAAUCGUAGAAUUACGGUCACGAAAUUCGACUACGGGCUUUGCACACUGGAGAUAUACAACGUGAAGCAUGAGGAUACCGGAGAAUACAUUUGCAUGGCUAUGAACCCAUUUGGGAAGGCAACAACGUGUGCCUAUCUGCGGGUUGCAGGUUACAGGGAGCCAUCACCAAAGGAACCAAAGUUUGACUCGUGUCCAUCUGACGUGACCGCGAAUGCAGGAGGAACUGCGGUGUUCGUGUGGGAAUUCUCUGGAUGUCCUUCCCCAACAAUCAAAGUACUUAAGGACUCGAAGCUGCUCAGGACGGACCUCAAGAGAGAAGUACUCGUGAGCCGCGACGGAAUUUGCCGUGUAACGGUCCAAGACAUAGACGACUCCGACGCAGGGGUGUACUCUUGCGUAGCAGAGAAUGAGUCGGGAUCUACCUCGUCUACAUGCAUGCUCGUUCUCACCGGACAAGAUCACGUGAAAGAAAAGUACGAGAAAGAGCGUGCUGCGAUUCAACAGCGCCAAAAGGAGGAAGAAAAAGAAGCUGAAGAGGCAAUGGAGAGAGCGAAGGAAGUUCAGACGAACCCGUUAAUACCCAUGAGCCGUCCCGGAGACUAUUACCCCCCAAGGCGCAAUUUCAGGACCUACGGUGCUAGAGACCUGGAUGCUCUCGAAGAUAUACCGCGUACAAGGUCUCACAGAGUACCGGGACCUCCACUGGACCCAGUCGUGACCGAAAGGGGACCCACCUGGGCUACACUCGCUUGGACGCGUCCCAUUGAUGACGGCGGUGAAGCAAUUUCAGCCUAUCGGAUACACUUCCGGGAAACCCCUUCGAAGGUUUGGCGCGAAAAAGGUGUUUGCAGGAUCUGUGUAUUCGACGUCUACGGACUGAAGCCAAACACGGAUUACGUAUUCCAAGUAAGCGCCAAGAACAAGAAUGGUUGGAGCCAAUCUGCUGUAGCUGUUCCUCAGCUAGCAAACUGGAGCUUUUCAUAGAAUCCACAAUUGCUGUAUAUCUUGUAUAGGUUGUAUGUUCCCAGAUGCCGCUCGUUUUGCAAAGCUGCGCCAUUGUGCCUUUCUACAAAUGGUCUUUGUACAUGGCCACAAGUACCUUUUUAACGCAUGUUCAUUUGAAUGAGGAUGUGAAUGUCAUACCCCUGGUACACUGAGAAUCAUAGGAUCACCUGACGACUUGAAAACAAUGUUUCAUUGUACGUGUGCAUGGAGACACCUAUCUUGGUGACUGCCUUGUUGGCAAGUAGUACAGCUCAUCCCACCAGUGGCACAUGCCUUCUUCUGCUUGCCAAUAUACUGAGUAAAAUAUAUCAUGCUUCUGUGUCACGUAAUAAACAUAUACCUUCUGAA